AUGGGUUUGAACUGCAUGAGUCCACUUAUACAUAGAUUUUUUACAGUGCAAGUUUUCUUUGUUGACUGGAAACAGGUGAGGCAAGCAUUCUAUCUUGAAAAAGGGCAACCAGAGACAGAUUAUAGGACAACUCUUCUUCAAGUGACAAUUUCACUUAGCAAAGUAGAGCUUAGUGUGGGUGAAUCUAAAUUCUUCACAUGUACAGCAAUUGGUGAACCUGAGAGUAUAGAUUGGUAUAAUCCUCAAGGGGAGAAGAUAAUUUCAACACAGAGGGUAGCAGUGCAAAAGGAAGGUGUUAGAUCACGAUUAACCAUCUACAACGCAAAUAUAGAGGAUGCAGGGAUAUAUCGUUGUCAAGCAACAGAUGCCAAAGGACAGACACAAGAAGCUACAGUUGUAUUGGAAAUUUACCAAAAACUCACUUUCAGAGAAGUGGUAUCUCCUCAAGAAUUCAAACAAGGGGAGGAUGCAGAAGUGGUUUGCCGAGUUAGCAGCUCACCUGCCCCUGCUGUCAGCUGGUUGUAUCAUAAUGAGGAAGUCACCGCUAUUUCCGACAAUCGUUUUGCUAUGCUAGCCAACAAUAAUCUGCAGAUUCUCAACAUCAAUAAAAGUGAUGAAGGUAUAUACAGGUGUGAAGGAAGAGUGGAAGCUAGGGGAGAAAUUGACUUCCGUGAUAUCAUCGUUAUUGUUAAUGUGCCGCCAGCGAUCACAAUGCCUCAGAAAUCCUUUAAUGCCACAGCAGAGAGAGGAGAAGAGAUGACAUUAUCCUGCAGGGCCUCUGGCUCUCCCGAGCCCUCUAUCUCCUGGUACAGGAAUGGCAAGUUCAUUGAAGAAAAUGAAAAAUACAUAUUAAAAGGAAGCAAUACAGAACUCACUGUCAGGAACAUAAUUAAUAGUGAUGGGGGUCCUUAUAUCUGCAGGGCCACAAAUAAAGCAGGAGAAGAUGAAAAACAGGCAUUCCUCCAGGUCUUUGUACAGCCUCACAUAAUACAGCUUAAAAAUGAGACUACACAUGAGAACGGUGAAGUCACGCUUACAUGUGAAGCAGAAGGGGAGCCUAUUCCAGAAAUCACUUGGAAAAGAGCCGUAGAUGGCAUCACGUUUUCUGAAGGCGAUAAGAGCCCAGAUGGCCGUAUCGAAGUCAAAGGGCAGCAUGGAAGCUCAUCACUGCACAUUAAAGAUGUGAAGUUGUCAGAUUCAGGGAGAUAUGACUGUGAAGCCGCAAGUAGGAUUGGAGGGCACCAAAAGAGCAUGUACCUUGAUAUUGAAUAUGCUCCCAAGUUUAUAUCAAACCAAACAAUUUAUUACUCUUGGGAAGGAAACCCGAUCAAUAUAAGCUGUGAUGUGAAAUCUAAUCCACCAGCAUCAGUCCUUUGGAGAAGAGAGAAAUUAGUCUUGCCAGCUAAAAACACCACUAAUUUAAAGACAUAUAGUGCAGGGAGAAAGAUGAUAUUAGAGAUUGCACCUACAUCUGACAAUGACUUUGGACGAUAUAAUUGCACAGCCACUAACCGUAUAGGAACAAGAUUUCAAGAAUAUAUUCUUGCUUUGGCUGAUGUGCCAUCCAGUCCCUAUGGAGUGAAGAUUAUAGAGCUGUCACAGACCACAGCCAAGGUUUCUUUCAACAAGCCGGACUCCCAUGGAGGUGUGCCUAUUCAUCACUAUCAGGUGGAUGUCAAAGAAGUGGCAUCAGAAACCUGGAAAAUAGUACGCUCCCAUGGAGUUCAAACAAUGGUUGUUUUGAGCAACCUGGAACCAAAUACAACUUAUGAAGUCAGGGUUGCAGCAGUAAAUGGAAAAGGGCAAGGAGACUACAGUAAAGUAGAAAUCUUCCAGACAUUACCAGUUCGUGAACCAAGUCCUCCAUCCAUACAUGGGCAGCCAAGCAGUGGGAAGAGCUUUAAACUCAGUAUCACCAAACAAGAUGAUGGAGGGGCUCCUAUUUUGGAAUACAUUGUAAAAUAUAGAAGUAAAGAUAAAGAAGAUCAGUGGCUAGAGAAAAAGGUUCAGGGAAAUAAAGACCACAUUAUUUUGGAGCAUCUACAGUGGACAAUGGGGUAUGAAGUUCAAAUUACAGCCGCCAACAGAUUGGGAUAUUCAGAACCGACAGUCUAUGAGUUCAGCAUGCCACCAAAGCCCAACAUUAUUAAAGAUACACUUUUUAAUGGUCUUGGGCUUGGAGCAGUCAUCGGCCUGGGAGUUGCGGCACUCUUGCUAAUCCUGGUGGUAACAGACGUCAGCUGUUUCUUCAUCCGACAAUGCGGGUUAUUGAUGUGCAUCACGAGGAGAAUGUGCGGGAAGAAAAGUGGCUCCAGUGGGAAGAGUAAAGAACUCGAAGAAGGAAAAGCAGCAUACCUGAAAGAUGGAUCAAAAGAACCAAUAGUGGAGAUGAGAACAGAGGAUGAAAGAAUUACUAACCAUGAGGAUGGGAGCCCAGUAAAUGAGCCAAAUGAAACCACACCAUUAACAGAACCUGAAAAAUUGCCUUUGAAAGAAGAAAAUGGAAAAGAAGUCUUAAAUCCAGAAACUAUAGAAAUUAAGGUUUCUAACGACAUCAUCCAAUCAAAAGAAGAUGACAGUAAAGCAUAA